UUAGUUCAUAACAACAUCGAGUCAUUUAUUUUAGUUUAGACGAAUCAGAUUAAGGCAAAUCCUUUUACUUGGGGUUAAUUAUAUGACAUUGUUCAUAAUUUUCAUUUUCUCAGGUUUUAGUAAUUGGUCGAGUUUAGCUGUUGAAUAACUUAUUACUUAUCAAAAAAAAAAAGCUGUUGAAUAACUUAUUUUUCACGCGUUGUUUGGUUUCAGAGCAAAUGUAAAGGAAAUCAAAGUAUUAAAAGUUAAAAUUCUGAUUUUCUUGGUACUAUUGACUCACUAAGUUGUGCUUAACACAAUAUUUGGUCUGCCUAAAAUAUUCUCUCUGCUCACAGGAAUUGAGAUAUGCAUAUAUCCAGAAUAUUUUUUCUUUUUUAUUUCAUGUAUAUUGUUUAAUUUUUAACAUUUUGUCUGCUUUUGCUUUCCUGGUCAAUAAAGCAACUAAAUUCUUUGUAAUGGCUGGUCAGUGCACUGCAUGUAAAUACAUAUUGACUUUUUCGCCUCACCUUACCUUAAAGAAUUCUGUUUUUUAUUGGUUUAUUGAAGAAAGGGAAACAGUUUGUGGAUUACGUUGCAAGAGAAAUAUGUGGGUAUAUUAGAGUUGAGGUCCUAUUUUACAUGGUAUUUUUGGUUAUGGAUGUUCAGGAUCUUAAAGCCCUAUCCACGGCUGGAUGGUUAAAGCGCCCAACGCUGCCUGUUCUGUUUGAGUUAGAGAUUAUGAAAUACUUAUGAAUGCAUUCACCCACAUUUGCAAUAAUAUUAUACGUGUAAGAAUGAUCUGUCUAUUCGUUUGAAUUUUCAGAGUAAAUGACGGAGAAAAAAAAAGUACGGUUAUUUUAAGUCAUUCUCCCAAUUGAAAUGAUGUAUGCCCAUGAACGUAUCCAAGAUUCAGACCCUGACUAAAGUGCAAGUUCCGCUGGGAGCACGCUGAUAAUGAACAAGGGUAUAUGCUAAGUCAUAAUUCUGCAGUCGAAGAAGUAUUGACAGCUGAUGGUGAAAACUGAAAAGUCUUUCAGUGUGUUCCCAGCUAUGCAACACAAGGAAAAUCAAGUUUUGGCACCUCCCCGAGCUUCUGAUCCUGGUUGGGCCCAUGGAAUUAUGGUAAAUGGGGGUCGCCAAAAGAUUAAGUGCAAAUACUGUCACAAAAUUAUGCUUGGGGGUGGAAUUUCUAGAUUGAAGCAACACUUAGCCGGUGAAAGAGGAAAUGUAGCCCCAUGUGAGGAAGUACCCGAAGAUGUUAAAGUACAGAUGCAACAACAUCUAGGUUUUAAAGUUUUGGAAAGAUUGAAGAGACAGAAAGGACUGAAAAAUAGCAAGGAUUCUAUGUCAUAUAGUCAGGAUAGGGAAGAAGGAGAUGAUGGAGACUCAGUGCAGAUUAAGACUAUGAUUCCUGUUCGAGGCAGUGGUAAGAGAAGGGGAAAAGAGGUUGUGGAAAGAAUCUCCAAUCGAUCUAAGAGACACAAGAAGCAAUAUUUCUCAACUGUUGCACCUGUUGUUGCUCAUUCGAUACACCAGAGUCUUGCUUCCCAGGAGAGCAUGGAUCAAGCCGACAUGGCUGUUGCAAGAUUUUUAUACGAAGCUGGCAUACAGUUCACUGCUGCCAAUUCCCAGUAUUUUCAAGAGAUGGCUGAUGCUAUUGCUGCUGUUGGCCCCGGUUAUAAGAUGCCUUCUUAUCAUUCUUUGAGGGGUAAAUUGCUUAACAGGAGCGUUCAAGAUGUGAGUGAAUAUGUAGAAGAGCUAAGAAAGUCUUGGGAAGUGACAGGGUGUUCGGUAAUGGUUGAUAGGUGGAUGGACAGAACUGGUCGUACAGUAAUAAACUUCUUUGUUUAUUGUCCAAAGGGUACCAUCUUCCUAAAAUCUGUCGAUGCGUCGGACAUCACAUCUCCUGAGACACUUCUGAAUUUAUUUGAUGGCGUUGUUCAAGAAGUCGGGCAAAAGAAUAUUGUCAAUUUUCUGACAGAUACCUCACCAAGUUAUAAAGAAGCAGGAAAACUUUUAAUGGAGAAAUACAAAACCUUCUUCUGCACUGCCUGUGGAUCACAUUGUAUUGACUUAAUCCUUGAAGAAAUUGGAAAAAUUGAUCUAAUAAAAGAGGUUUUGGCAAAGACCAGACAGGUAACUCAAUUUAUAUAUAACAAUGCUUGGGUCCUCAAUUUAAUGAGGAAGAAAACCGGUGGAAGAGAUAUUAUCCAGCAUGCAACCACCAGGUUUGUUUCAAUCUUUCUGACGCUACAAAGCAUUGUAUCUUUGAAGGGCCAUCUCCAUCAGAUGUUUACUGGAGCUGCUUGGAUGAACUCGAAUUUCUCUAAGCAAAGGGUGGGACUUGAGGUGGCAGAAAUUAUUGUGGACCCACUUUUCUGGUCAAUGUCUGAUCAGACUCUAAAGGUGACAAAGCCAUUACUUUCUGUUUUACAGCUUGUGCACUCUGGAGAGAAGCCAUCUGUAGGAAUCAUAUAUGAUGCGAUGGAAAAAGCAAAGAAAACCAUCAUUGUUGCCUUUGAAAACAAGGAAUCUGACUACUUGCCAUAUUUGGAGGUUAUUAAUCGUAUUUGGCAGGAGGAAUUUCAUAGUCCGCUACAUGCAGCUGCAUACUACCUGAACCCUUCAAUAUUCUAUAACCCCAGUUUCUCCUCUAAUAAAGUCAUCCAAAAGGGCUUACUUGAUUGCAUUGAAACCUUAGAACCUGAUUUAACAGCUCAAGUUAUGAUUACAAGCAAUGUGAAUUUCUAUGAGGAAGCUGUAGGGGAUUUUGGUCGACCUGUGGCAUUACGAGGUCGAGAGUCAUUGGCUCCAGCUACGUGGUGGUCACUGUAUGCAGCUGAUUACCCAGAUUUACAACGCUUAGCUGUCAGAAUUUUAAGUCAAACUUGCAAUAUCAGCCGAUGUGAGCGGAGUUGGAGCAUGUUUGAACGUAUUCAUUUAAAAAAAAGGAACCGUUUGGAGCAUCAAAGGUUAAAUGACCUCAUCUUUGUCCAUUAUAACUUGCGUCUUCAAGAGAGGCGGCCAGAAGCAAGCAAAGCUAGGAUUAGAAGGGGUACUCUCGACCCUAUGUGCUUAGAAGCUAUGGAUGCCAACAUGGGAGAUUGGGUGGAGGACCCAGGAGUAUUGGAGGGUGAAGACCUGAGCUGGAUGGAUGUAACAGUCCCCAGUGAGACUUCUUUCGUGAGUCACAAACUAAAAGAUCUGGAUGAUUGUAAUGACAGCACAGAUGGUAGAGAUAGUGAUGACAUGAGAGGUAUGGAUGACAAUGACGAUUUGUAGUGUGGAUGUAUUGCUCAAAGAUAUAAACUUGGCAUGUCAAUUGAUAAUUAAUUGUACUUUCAAACUGCUUGGAAUCUUUUGGUCGAUCAACUCUCUUCUCUAUGUAGAUCGGUAUAAUCUACUAAUAUAGACAGUCUUAUAUCGUUUAGCAGAAUUCUGAA